CUCUGUUCCCCUUAAUAAGCAAGAUUUAUAUCCACUUGGGAAGAAGAAGAGGGAGCUAUAGGGAGACAGGAGGCUGGGGGAUGCCAAAGGGCUUUUGGCCCUCCAGGACUGGAGCAUCCAAACCUCCAUCCCUCCAUCCCUCCAUCCUCCUCCUGCAUCUUGCCUUUUGGAGAGGACCACCGGCCUUCCUCAAAGGGCGAAGCCACCCUUUGCAGCUCCCCAAAAUGUGGGACUCUUUCCAGAAAGCCAGCCCAGAUCUAAAGGCGGUGUGAGUGAGGUUCGCAGUGGGUGGUUUGUGUUGGUUGUGGGUGGUUGUGUUGUGGGGGAAAGGAAGAAGGGCUUGGGUAGGGGGGCUGGUGGUUGAGGACCAAAGGCAAGCAGCUCCUUUUUUGUAGGGUGAGGUGUGUAGGUGUGUGAUUGUGUGAGUGUGAUUGUGUGUGUGUGAUAGAGAGGGAGAGAGGGUGCGUGAGAUUGAGACAGUCACAGACACUGCAUUGCUGCUGCUGUGCCUACAGGAAUCACCCCAGAAGAGGAAGGCUAAAAACCUCACACACACAGCCAUGAAGAUGCUGUUCUGGCUUGGACUUGCUGAUCCAUUCCACCAUCAAAACAGCAGCAGGUGGAGGUCACAGAGGGGGAUUUAAAACCUCCCUUGCCUGUGCAUUUGUAUCUCUCUUUUUCCUUCCCCUGCAAAACCCAGGAAUUCUUCUUCAUCAUCAUCAUCUUCUUCUUCGACAUUGGUUCUUGGCCUUUUCCCUUUAUCGGCCCUUUCUCUAACCGGUGUUUGCUUUUUUCUUCUUUUUUGGGCCUCGGAUGGUUUUACGGGAGACCCAUCUGCACCCGAACCUGCCUGGUUUGGCUGCUUGUAUUAAUAUUAUUUUGGCUCCGACGCAAGGCAAGAGGACAGAGCCUGGAGCUCUCCCCACCCUGGAGAAUGUGCUAAGACUCAAGCAGCCCUUCGGUUUUUGGUGCAUUAUUUAAGGUGGUGUGCUGAUUUAUUUAAUUUUUUUGGGUUCUGUUUUUGGGGUUAGGGUUUGUUUUGGUUUUGUUUUUUUCUUGUUUUGCUGCUGGUGAUCUUCUUUCCCUCCUUUUAUUUUUCUUUCACCUUUUUGAGAAUUUGCAAACUGAGUUACAUGCAUGUCCAGUGGGGGAAGGUUUAAUUUUGACGAUGGAGGGUCCUACUGUGGAGGCUGGGAGGACGGCAAGGCGCACGGCCACGGAAUAUGCACUGGCCCAAAGGGUCAAGGCGAGUAUGCAGGUUCCUGGAGUCACGGCUUCGAAGUGUUGGGGGUUUAUACCUGGCCGAGUGGGAACACGUACCAAGGCACCUGGGCGCAAGGGAAGCGCCACGGCAUCGGCGUGGAGAGCAAAGGGAAAUGGGUGUACAAAGGCGAAUGGACCCAUGGAUUUAAGGGACGCUAUGGGGUGCGCGAAUGCACUGGCAACGGGGCCAAGUACGAAGGCACCUGGAGCAAUGGACUGCAGGAUGGUUAUGGGACUGAGACCUACUCCGAUGGAGGAACAUACCAGGGCCAGUGGGCUGGCGGGAUGCGCCAGGGAUAUGGUGUCAGACAGAGCGUCCCGUAUGGCAUGGCUGCGGUUAUCCGCUCGCCGCUAAGGACCUCGAUCAACUCCUUGCGCAGCGAACACACCAAUGGCUCAGCACUGCAUCCCGAUUCUUCCCCUGCUGUGGCAGGGAGUCCCGCCGUCUCUCGUGGGGGGUUUGUCCUGAUGGCACACAGCGAUGCCGAGAUCCUCAAGAACAAGAAGAAGGGCAUCUUCCGCCGGUCCCUCUUGAGUGGGCUCAAGCUGCGUAAAUCUGAGUCCAAGAGUUCGCUGGCCAGCCAGCGGAGCAAACAGAGCUCUUUCCGCAGCGAGGCGGGCAUGAGCACGGUCAGCUCCACUGCCAGCGACAUCAACUCCACCAUCAGCCUCGGCGAAGGGGAGACCGAACUGUCCGUCAUCGAAGACGACAUCGAUGCCACCACCACCGAGAUCUAUGUGGGUGAGUGGAAGAACGACAAGCGGUCGGGGUUUGGCAUCAGCCAACGCUCUGAUGGGCUCAAGUACGAAGGGGAAUGGGCUAACAACAAGCGUCACGGUUAUGGUUGCAUGACCUUCCCGGAUGGCACCAAAGAAGAAGGGAAAUACAAGCAGAACAUCCUGGUCAGCGGCAAGAGGAAGAACCUCAUCCCGCUGAGGGCCAGCAAGAUCCGGGAGAAGGUGGACCGUGCCGUCGAAGCCGCUGAGCGCGCCACCACCAUCGCCAAGCAGAAAGCGGAGAUUGCGGCAUCCAGGACAUCCCACUCCCGGGCCAAAGCAGACGCAUCCGUGACAGCGGCCCAGAAAGCCCAAGAAGAAGCUCGAAUUGCCCGGAUCACUGCCAAAGAGUUCUCGCCUUCCUUCCAGCACAGGGAAAACGGGCUAGAGUGCCAGAGGCCGAAGCGCCAAAACUCCAGCGACGAUAUCGAGGUCCUUUCCACGGGGACCCCCCUCCAGCAAGAAAGCCCGGAGCUGUACAGGAAAGGAACCACUCCUUCCGACCUCACUCCUGAUGACAGCCCCUUGCAAAGCUUCCCCGCCAGCCCUUCCUCCACGCCACCCCUGGGUCCCUCCUGCCGGAACAAGAGCGCCCACUUCUCCAGGCAGGUUUGCAUGGACGAAGAGAGGGGCGGGGAGAUCCAGAUGUUGCUGGAAGGCCGCGGUAGGGACUAUAUGAGACCCAACAGCUGGGCUGAAGACAAGGAGGGUGGGGCCCAUGGCGUCAGGGGCGGGGCGCUGCGCACCAGCCAAUCAGUGGCUCCGUCCGAAGACUACCGGGGUCGAAGCGGUGGGCACAAGCACGUGGCAGCCUCGAACCACAAACAGCGGGAACGUUGGGCGGACCCCCCUUCCACGGUUUCAUGGACUCACCACCGUCCUCACCACCAUGGCUCCGGGAGCAACAAGCUCAUGGAGAUGGACGAGGAGAAGCUGAGCAACUACGAGAUGGAGAUGAAGCCUCUCAUGAGGAUGGAUUCUUAUAUGCAAGAGAUGCACUCCCAAAAAAGACACUAUAGCAAAGUGGGGCCCAGCCGGAGCCAUGCGGAGGAUUACCACGGGGAUGAGCGGAGCUUUGGGGUCCAGAGACUGAGAGCCAAAUCCCAAAACAAGGAGAACUUCAGGCCCGCUUCUUCUGCCGAACCGACCGUGCAGAAACUAGACAGUCUGAGGUUUGGGGAAAAAGGGGAGCCCCGGCUCUUGAGGUGGGACUUGACCUGCUCCCCGCCACAGAAAUCCUUACCUGUUGCACUAGAAUCAGAGGAGGAAAAUGGGGACGAGCUCAAAUCCGGCGCGGGUUCGGCUCCCAUCCUGGUAGUCAUGGUGAUCUUGUUAAACAUUGGAGUUGCCAUUUUGUUUAUUAACUUUUUCAUCUAACUCGAGACUGUCUUGUUUGGAGAAAAAAAUUACAAAAAAUAUUAUUAUUAACAGAUUAAUAAUUUAAACACACACACACUCAAAGGCGUGUACGGAGACGGGGGGAAGUCACGAAGCGGACGGCCGACGCGACCACGGAAGGCCAAGACGGCGGUCCUUUUUUUUGAACUGUCCUGCGACAAACUUCCAAGUCUUUUCACCGAAGAACCAACAAAAGACGAGAAGAAACAAACAAAAAGAGAUUGAGUAUCACUCCCAGUUUGCCUUUUUUUUCCUUUCUUUGUUUUUCCUGGGUAAUGUUUUUGGGUUUUGGCCAAAAUUCUUUGCUUGUAUAACACUUAAGCUGUGUGGCAUGGCAGAAUGGGAACGGCCCUCCAGCUCUCCCCGGACCAGACGGGAUGGGAUCAGGUUCCUUUGGAGGAUUCCUCGCCAAAUCUUCGUGGAUGAUGGGAUGUGGUGUGUAGGUGCGCAUGGCACAGUUCUGGAAGGGAGGCUCCUCUUGCGGCACAAGAGGAGGGGAGAAAAAUCCGCACACCUUGUUGUGUGACGGCUCUCCUGGGUCAGCCGUUUUAUCACGCAACCAACUCGGUUCCCGAGUCCCAAAGUCCAAAACUCUGCAUGAAUUGUGAAGUUGAGAUGAAACACCUCAAUAGAUAUCUUUUUUAAACAACAACAACAACAAAAAAAAACUGUGAAGGUGAUCAGUAACCAGUUCCUUUCCCACUCCAUCCAAAUCAGAGAAUAUGUGACUUUGGCAAGAAUGAAAUGCACCCAACUGGAAGUAUAUUUUUUAAAAUUUGAUUUUAGUUGAGUCUAAGCACUUGCCUGCCCACUCCUUCUUCCAGUUCAGAGACCCCCGAAAUCCAAAAAUUAUGCUCCGAAACAACAAUUAUAAGACGACAGGAGAGAAGUUACAUAUAUCAGCCACAGUCCUGUUGGUGCCUUAUGCAUGCCUAAGUUCCCCUAUAGAUGCAGUCAAAUA